UUUUUUUCGUUAUCAUUUCUGUAUGGAUGUAAGCGGCAAUGAUCAUGAAACCAUCAUUUUGUUUGACGUACAGUUUAUACAGAUGCUUGAAGUCAUGCCUAAUCAUGAGACCACAUCCCUCCAGCACAUCUCACUCCAUCCGAUGUCUGCAUGUUCUCCACUCUCGACAAUCUCUACCUCCAGUUCUCACGUCAACAUCAGGUCCUGCUGUCAACCCUCAUGUAGUGAGAAUGACUUGCAGGACAUUCCGGAACCAUCGUCAACAUCAGUACAGAAUCGUCCACCCGGGAAAGGUUUCUCCAACUCGUGUUGUUCCAGAUCACAUUGAGAAGCCAUGCUAUGUUGUGUCGAGAACACAGUUCAAGAGACCAGAUCAUGUUGAGAUAAAGUCUGAGAAUCAGAUCACUGGAAUGAGAUCGGCCUGUAUGCUGGCAAGGAAGAUAUUAGACCACGCUGGUCAGCAGCUGAGGGUUGGCAUGACAACGGAUGAAAUUGAUGAGCUGGUACAUGAGAUGUCGAUCAAGAACAAUGCUUACCCAUCCCCACUGCUGUACCGAGGUUUCAGCAAGUCUGUCUGUACGUCCGUCAAUAACGUCUUAUGUCACGGUAUACCCGACAAUAGCCGACUGGAGGAUGGUGACAUCAUUAACAUUGACAUUACAGUAUUUUAUCAUGGUUUUCAUGGAGAUGUGUCGGAAACAUUUUUGAUUGGUUCAGUUGAUGAAGGAGGUCGCCGAUUGGUUGCAACUGCCAGGAAAUGCAGAGAUGCUGGGGUAGAGGUUUGUCACCCAGGAGCAAGACUGUGUGACAUCGGAAAUGCCAUAAAUGAAACAGCCGAAAUGUGCGGGUAUGCUGUUGUGCCUGUUUUCUGUGGUCAUGGAAUCGGGGAAUACUUUCACGGUCCACCGGAUAUAUUCCAUAUAGCGUAUGAAGAUGAUGAAGUGAUGAAGCCAGGCAUGACUUUCACUAUAGAGCCAAUCAUCUCUGAAGGUUCUACAGACAUCAAAAUCCUGGACGAUGGUUGGACGGCCAUUACCGUGGACGACAGUCGAUCGGCUCAGUUUGAACACACAGUGCUGAUAACAGAGAGAGGAGUCCAAGUCUUAACUACUGAUACUCCAAGUUAAACAAAAAAACCUGGAGAUUUUUACCAGUAGAUAGGUGCUAAGAUGAGGACUCAUAGUUUCUUGAAGCCCUUGUUGGACUGGCACAAAGGAAUUUGUCAUCCAUUCAACCUCCAAAACUUUGAGAUGUAUGCUCCCUGCAAAUCAGAGGGGUUGGGACAUAGCUCAGUGGUACAGUGCUCGCCUGAUGCGUGAUCGAUCUAGGAUCGAUUCCUGUUGGUGGGCCCAUUGGACUAUUUCUCGUUCCAGCCAGUGCAUCACAACUGGUGUAACAGGU